UUCCGCUCCGUUUAGGGAAGGAAGGCGCUGGAGAUGCUGUCGGUCCCGGGCUCCGGAGGCGCCCCUUCGCCGGGCUUCGGCCCCGGCGAGGGUGGCUCCGGGGCGGGCUCCGGCGUGGACUUCCUCACCCGCUACCGGCUGGUGUCGGCCAAGCUGCGGCGGCGCUUCCUGCGCAAGCCCAACGUGUCGGAGGCGGCCGAGCAGUUCGCGGCGCUGGCGCGGGAGCUGCGCGCCCAGGAGAGCCUGCCUUAUGCCGCCUGGUGCCAGCUGGCGGUGGCGCGGUGCGCGCAGAGCCUGGGCCACGCGGCCGGGGAGGCGGCGGCGCUGGGCGAGGCGGCCCGCCUGUGGCUGCGGCACGAGCGGGAGCUGCGCCUCCGCCAAGGCCCCGGUCUGGGCCUGGCCGAGCACCUGCCCGCCGCCCAGAGCUGCGUGGCCUUCGGUGCCCGCCUCCGCCUCGAACUGGGCCAGCCGGCUCUGGCCGCCGGGCUGUGGCUGGAAUUGGGAAACGAGCUGCGCGCCGCCUCCGAGCCCGGCCAGGCCGUGCCGGCUCUCCUGCGCGCCGCCGACCUCCUGGCUGCUGCCCACCUGCCCCUCGAAGCCGUGCGCUGCCUGCGCGACGUCGCCUCCUGCCUGCUACUCUGCAGGGACCACGACGGCGCCUUGGCUGUGCUCACCCAGGCCCAGCUGCUCGUCCAAGGCGGGUCUGGACCUCAAGCACCGGCCCCUGCCGCCUCCUCUUCUCCUGCUAGCCUGCCCCCAGGUGCUUUCCUCGACGAGCUUCUCCAGUGCGAGGUGACCCGCGUCCUCCUUCUCCUCCUGCUCCAGCCGCCGCCCUCCAAACUUCUGCCCGAGCACGCCCAGACCCUCGAGAAGUACUCUUGGGAAGCCCUGGACGCCUCGCCCGGGUACCUGCCGCCCGAACUCUUUCUGUUGCUGCAGUCGGCUGUCAUGGCCUGCCAGGAGAAAGACCUGGAGGCGCUCAAGGUGCUGCAGAAGGAGCUGUGGCCGCUGCUUACCGCUGAGCAGAACCACCUCUUCCAUUUGGUGCUGCAAGAGAUGAUCACCCCAUCUGGCCAGGGGUUCUGAUCGGUGAUGCUUCCCUUGCCGAGCACGGGAUAGCUGAUGCUGCAGGGGUGUUGGAGCUUCCCCUGAGACUGUUGGACAAGGUCUUGCGUUUAGACAUGGACAGCCUUCAAGGAAGUUUGCUAGUCAGAGCUGAUCCUAAGGAGUGAUGGUUCCCUUGGCCUUGCCAGCUUGCCAUGAUUGUUUUGCCUUCCCUCUGUUCCUGAAUGCUGCAGACUUUUUUUGCUCCUACUCUGUCCUACCAUCCUGAAUCUAUUACACCCACUUUCUCUACUAUGUCUUGGACAUACUUAAUGACUUGAAAGAACCACAUCAGAACCCUUAGUGUUGGCCUUCAGCUAGCAUUUCCUUUUUGACUCUCUAGAAGAUAUUUCCCAUGUCCUUUAGUAACAUGUGAUUCUUGUACCUUGCUGUAAUCUUUAUAUCUUAUAUAUAUUUUCUCUUUGGAAACAUGAGCUUUCCAGGUUAUCACAAUAUCAGCUUCAGGACAGAGAGAGAGUCAGGUUUGGGGUAGCUGAUCCUCUAUGUACGCAGUCACAGCUGCGUGUUUCCUGUGCACUUCAUUUGUUCAAAGAAAAUAUCCAUAAAUAUGUAAAUAAUG